AAAGCUGGGGUUGAGGAAUGUUCGAUCGUCUCAGCACAGCUUCGACCAAUCCGCAUCUGGACUCCCCCACGCGGGCCCCCGACCCUAACGCCAUGCUUUCCCAUCUUGAGGCAUAGUCUCGGAGCAUGACCGUGGGCAUCGGCCACCGUUAGAGUUUGGGCAAAGGUGGGGAAAAGAGCUUUCCUGGAGCUUUGCUGCAGUUCGACCCUGUAUUUCGUUGAGAUUGCCCUCUUUAGGCUGAAUGGUUGACCUGGAGAACUUCCGAGGUUAUGCUCGUAUCAGACCAUGCGGCGUUUCUUGGCUCGCAGCACCUCCGUGUCUUGGACUCACAUCCUGAGCCGUGUCUCCUGCUGCUCGAGGCACAUGAGGCACGCUGAACUGCAAACUAAGUGCUUAGCUGGCUCGAAGGGAUCACUAAGGUCACCGACCCCUGCGGUCACUACGACAUUCUCGACCAGUGAGACGGCCGAAUCCAGCCGUCUCAGAAUUGACCAGAGCGAAUUUUGGGAUGGAUUGGUUAUCAUGACAAGACGAGUGCUUAGCAGGAGCUACCAGGCAGGGACUACAAUAUACACAGAAUCCUUUCAUAGUUGCUGUCGCACGUGCGGUUGUUGCCCUAAUCAUUUGUUCGGCAUAAAAUAAUAUGACAAGAGAAAAAAAAAAAAAAAAAAAAAAAAAAAAAAAAAAAAA